AUGGAGGCGGCCGGGACCUGGACGGGGCCGCUGGUGCUGCGGCUGUUCUUGGUGCUGAAGCUGGCGCUGCCCCGGACCCGAGGCCACCUGCCCCCGGGCCCGCCGCUGCCGCUGCUGGGGAACCUCCUGCAGCUCCGGCCCGGGGCGCUGUACUCGGGGCUCUUGCGGCUGAGUAAGAAGUACGGACCCGUGUUCACCGUGUACCUGGGAUCCUGGCGGCACGUGCUGGGCCCGGUCGGGCACGAGGCUGUGCGGGAGGCCCUGGGAGGUCAGGCUGAGGAGUUCAGUGGGCGGGGGAUGUUGGCGACGCUGGACCGGACCUUUGACGGCCACAGGGUUUUCUUCUCCGACGGGGAACGGUGGCAGCAGCUGCGGAGAUUCACCCUGCUGGCCCUGAGGGACCUGGGCAUGGAGAAGGGAGAAGGCAAGGAGCUGAUGCAAGCAGAGGCUCAGAGUCUGGUGGAGACAUUCCGGGGGACAGAAGGUCAGCCCCUUUGACCCUCCCUGCUGCUGGCUCAGGCCACCUCCAACAUCAUCUGCUCCCUCACCUUCGGCCUCCGCUUCCCCUACGAGGAUGAGGAGUUCCAGGCCGUGGCCCGGGCAGCUGGUGGCGGCACCGUGCUAGGGGUCAGCUCCCCCUGGGGCCAGACCUAUGAGAUGUUCUCCUGGCUCCUGAAGCCCUUGGACCCCCAAACAGAGCUCCUGGGCCACUUGAGCAUCCUGGCCACCUUCGCCGUCCAGCAGGUGCAGUGACACAAGGAGAUCCUGGACACCUCAGCCCCCCUGUGCGACAUUGUGGAUGCCUUCCUGCUGAAGAUGGCAAAGGAGGAGCAGGACCCAAGCACAGAACUGACUGACAAGAACUUGCUGAUGACAGUCAUUGAUCUGCUGUUCGCUGGGACGGUCACGGUCAGCACCACGGUCCGCUAAACCCUCUUGCUUCUGCUGAAGUAACUUCAGGUCCAAGAGCGUGUGCGGGAGGAGCUGACCCGGGAGCUGGGGGCCGGCCGCGCACCGGGCCCGGGGGACCGAGCCUACCUCCCCUACACCGACGCUGUUCUGCAGGAGGCGCAGCGGCUGCUGGCUCUGGUGCCCAUGGGAGUGCCCCGCGCCCUCUCGAGGACCACCUGCUUCCGAGGGGGCACCCUGCCCCAGGGCACUGAGGUCUUCCCCCUCCUCGGCUCUGUCCUGCGUGAUCCUGAGGUCUUCGAUCAGCCAGACGAAUUCAAUCCAGACUGAUUCCUAGAUGCGGACAGACGGUUCCAGAAGCAGGAGGCAUUCUUGCCCUUCUCCUUAGGUAAGCGUGUCUGCCUCGGAGAGGGCCUGGCUCAGGCAGAACUCUUCCUCCUUCUCACCACCAUCCUGCAGACCUUCUCCCUGGAGAGCCCCUGCCCGCCGGGGGCCCUGAGCAUCCAGCCAGCUGUCAGCGGCCUUUUCAGCAUCCCCCCAGCCUCCCAGCUGCAAGUCUGGCCCCACUAA